AUGUCUGAUGAAUCUGAUUCUGAGUCAGAUGACCUGUCAUACGAGUCAUUAGGAAGAAAAUAUGAUUGUUUGUUUAAAGAGACCUUGUCCUUGAAAGAAGAGAGCCUCAAACUUGAGGCAAAUAAACAAGAUCUUCAAAAUGAAAUUCUCAUCUUAAAAGAAACCAAAAAGGAGUUGAGUGACAAAUUUGAGUCUCUAGAAAAAGAAAUUGAUGCUCUUGUGUCAAUUAGGAGUAACCUCGAAAACCAAGUUAAUGUGCUCAAGGAAAGUAACAUUGGUUUCCAAAACUCAAACAAACAGCUCCUAGGUGAAUUGAAUGAAGCAAAUAGGAAGAUUAUAUCUAUGACCAUUGGUGCAUCAAAAAUUGACAAAAUGUUGAAUAUGGGAAAACUUCAUGGGGACAAAGGUGGUCUUGGAUUUAAUCACUUUGGUUCUAGUUUGUCUAGUUCUACCACUAAGUUUGUCAAAUCAGAAAAUCCAGUCACGAUUCCUCUUGAUGUUCAGCAGGUUGUCAAGAAACCUAAGUUUGUUCCAACUUGUCACAGGUGUGGGUUGACUGGUCAUAUUCGACCAGUCUGUCAUAUGUAUAGCAAAGAUAAGACCAGAAAAUUGUCUCCAAAAUCUAAAAGGAAUCCCAGAUCUUUGCAAGAUCAAGUUGAUCAUUUGCUGAAUGAGUCUACUUGGAUUGCAAGAGGUCAUACCAAAUCUCUUGUUGUGCUAAAUGCUUUUGCUGCUUCAAAUAUCAACUCUUGGUAUUUUGAUAGUGGUUGUUCCAAACAUAUGUCUGGAGAUAAAAAUGUUUUCUCAUCUCUCAGCCCCUUUGAUGGAGGCACUGUGACUUUUGGUGGAGGUCAUAGAUCUCAAGUUGUUGGAAAAGGUACUGUUUGUAUCCCUGGUCUGCCCGAGCUUAAGAAUGUUAGAUUUGUUGAGGGUCUCACAUCCAAUCUCAUUAGUGUGAGUCAGCUGUGUGAUGAUGGAAUAGUAGAAGUCAGAUUCUCCAAGCAUGGCUGCAAAAUCAUUGGAAAAGGUGGAAAUGAGAUUGUGAGCGUGGCAAGGUCUAGGGACAAUUGCUUCUGCAUUGAUGGUGUCAACGAUGCAAAAGAAAUUGUUUGCAACAAGGUUGUAAAUGAAACAAGUAUUUUGUGGCAUCAAAGGCUUGGACAUGUUAAUUUUAGAGACUUGCAUAAGUUGUCCAAGAGAGAGCUAGUAAGUGGCUUACCAAAGCUGGGAAAAAUCUGA